AUGGUACAGAAUGUCCUCUUCAAUCAAGCCCUGAAACAAUCCACUGCUAUCCGAAAAGACCUAGAAACCUUCGCGCAAGCACCGGCGACUGCGUCUCCUGCUUUACAGGGACAAAUAGCCACCACCCUCACCAGUCUCUCCCGAACUCUCGAAGACUACCAAAAUCUCUCGCGAAAUGAGCUGAAUGAAGAGAAGAAAGAGAAGGCCGUGGAAAGACUCAAGAACUUUCGCGCUGAUCUGGCAUCCUACCGCACACAAUUUGAUCAGUUAAAACGAGAGCGCGAGGCAGCUGUCGCAGCCAACAACAGGAACGAACUACUGGGGCGACGGCCGCACCAUGCUGCGACUCCUGAGAACCCCUAUGCCCAUGCCUCGAGUCAGAGUGCGUUUGCCCCAGCCCAUCGAAACACCCAGGAUGGAUUGUCCUUUGGCCCAGGCUCCAGUAAUUAUACCAGGGAAGAGCACGCCCUCCGAGAGCAGAGCUUCUUCGAUACUGCCAAUGCCCAGCUCGAUGAGUUUCUAGACCGAGGCCGAGCAGUUCUCGGAGACCUGGGACAUCAGCGUGAUAUUCUCAAGGGAACACAGCGAAAGCUCUACAGUGUUGCCAACACUCUCGGCGUCAGCGGAGACACCAUCCGAAUGGUCGAACGAAGAGCCAUGCAAGACAAAUGGAUCUUCUGGGGAGGUGUGGUGGUGUUCUUCUCCUUCUGUUUCUUGGUCAUCUACCUGCUGAGAUGA